UUAGGAAAAGAAAGAACGGUUAUGCCUUUAGCCCCGAGCGUUUUUCCGCGCGUUUCUGCGGGCUCGCGGAGCGCCCCGGUCCGAAAGAUGAGAUGCGCUCCCGCGCGCCAGCUCUCGCGCCCGCCGCCGACCUCGCGCUACUCAUCGACCGCUCCCGAACCCUCCACCACCUCCGCCAAGUCCACGCCCGCAUCGUCACCUCCCCCGACCUCCCCCACUCCGCCUCCUCCUCCCUCCUCCUCCGCGUCCUCCUCUCCCCUCUCGCCCCCACCUCCUACGCUUCCGCCCUCCUCCUCCACCGCAUCCCCUCCCCCUCCCUCUCCCUCUCCCUCUCCCUCUCCCUCUCCAACUACAACGCCCUCAUCCGCUCCUCCUCCCCCCCUCUCCACCCCCUCUCCCUUUACUCUCGCAUGCUCUCCCAUGGCCUCCUCCCCGACCACCUCACCUUCCCCUUCCUCCUCAGGAGCUGCUCCCUCCGCCUCGACCUCCUCUCCGGCCGAUCCCUCCACCCCCACAUCCUCAAACUCGGCUUCCCGGCCGACGUCUUCGUCUGCAAUGCUUUGCUCUUUAUGUACGCCUCCUGCGGGCGCAUCGACUGUGCCUGCAAGGCGUUCGACGAAAUGCCUCACAGAGACGUGGUCUCCUGGAAUUCGAUUUUAUCCGGGUACUUGCGGUGCGGGGAGCUUGACUCGGCGCUGCGCCUGUUUUCAGAGAUGAGGGAGAGGAACGUCAGAACGUGGAAUGCGAUCAUUACGGGGUUUGUUCGGGGCGGGCGGGCGAGGGAGGCGUUGGAUUUGUUUCACGAGAUGCAGCUCUCGGGCGGCCCUUGCGCUAGGCCGGACAAGGUUACGGUUGCGAGCGUUAUCGCGGCGUGUUCUUCUUUGGGCGCGUUGGAUCAGGGGAGAUGGGUGCACGGCUAUUUGAAGAAGCAUAAACUGGAGUUUGAUGUCGUUGUCGGGACUGCUCUGAUAGACAUGUAUGGGAAAUGUGGGUGCAUGGAGAGAGCUAUUGCGGUGUUUGAUGAAAUGCCCAAGAAAGAUGUUUUGGCUUGGACAGCGAUGAUCUCGGCUUAUGCCGCGCAUGGCCUAGGAGAAGAGGCUUUUGGCCUCUUGAAGGACAUGGAGAGGAAUGGGUUGAAGUUCAACCAUGUGACCUUCGGUGCGCUUCUAAGUGCAUGCGCACACUCUGGCUUCGUUGAAAGAGGUCGCUGGUGCUUUGAUGUGAUGAAACGCGUUUACUCUAUUGAGCCGCAACCUCAGCAUUAUGCCUGCAUGGUCGACUUGCUGGGCCGAGCAGGGCUUUUCGGAGAAGCCGAACGGCUCAUACAAAGCAUGCCAAUGGAGCCGGAUGUGUAUGUUUGGGGGGCAUUACUUGGUGCUUGUCGAAUGCAUGGAAAUGUUGAAGCAGGAGAGCGAGCGGCAGCUCAACUCAUUGGUUUGGAUCCUCUCAAUCAUGCAUAUUAUAUUAUUCUUUCUGAUAUAUAUGCUAGGGCUAAUAGGUUUGAAGAUGUGAAAAAGGUUAGAGGUUUUAUGAAAGAGCGUGGGAUAAAGAAAACUGCACCUGGCUGCAGUAUGAUCGAAGUCGACGGUAAAGUUCUUGAGUUUUCUGCCAAAUGGGUGCUUGAGGACCUGAUAAAUGAGAUUGAAUGGGUGUUAAAUGCAAUAAAUUUUGAAUUGAAGUUCACUAAUAGGCUUUCUAAAGAAUAUGGGGAUCUAAUGGAGAAUACAUGAACUAUUAGGAUCCUCUGAAGCUGCUCGCAUUAAAAGGCUGUUCUUUUCCAACUAAUUUGUUUGGAUUUGGAACUCUUCAGCAUGUGGAUCUCGCUAAAACAAUGGUCGAGAGAGAGAGAGUCACUAAAGUCUCAAGUUCAGCAGGAUCCGGAUGUGGGUACAUCUUGUUACAUGGGUUUGUGUCUUUGUAUUAUGGUACAAGGUUUGCAGCUUCACUCUGAGGAUGUGAGACGACUUCCCUCUCACCCGCAGAGUAGGUAGUGUAGUGGGCUGCGCUUAUUAAAACAUGCCCUAAAUAAACAUGUAUGUAAAACACUGGGCACGGGGGAGGAUUGUGAGUCUAUUGUUGGAUGUAUCAGCUUAACAUUCUUUUUAAUCUGGAGUUUUGCAGAGAUUGCAAGAACUAUUGGGCAGUGGAAGUUUGCACAAAUCUUUUGAAAAUCUAUAUAUAUCUAUAAUAUGUAACUACA